AUGUCCGCGUCGCCCGAGUUCUUCAAGCCCGCCGCGCCGGCCUUCUCUCCGGCCUGCGCCGCGCAGCCGCCGCUCGUGUUCGGCGGGGACGACGACGACUACUGCUGCAAGACGCCGACGGGCAGCAGGAUCUCCUACCUGAGGGAGCCCACCACGUGCCCGCCGGCGCCCAGGAAGCCGCCGCCGCCGCCGCCGUGCAGGAAGCGCCUCUUCCAGCCCCAGCCUCAGGGGGAUCAGCAUCAGCGUCAGUCUGCCGAGUCCUCCUCCGUCCCUCUCAUCAGCCUCCGCCUCGACGAGCUGGAGCGGCUCUUCCGCCCGCACCCGCCGCCGGCCACCACCACCGAAAAGCGACGCCGCUCCAGCUCCGUCUCCGCCUCCGCCAACAAACACUGCGCAGCUUGA